CUCCAACCGAGCCACCCCUGCUACCAACUAGCAGCAAGCCUGAGGACGGGCUCAGUUCCGCCGAACUCAAAUUCGACGCUGACGAUGUCCUACAACCGAGUUGAUCCCUUUAGGGAUGAGCAUCAUGAGCCCAUGAUGAACCCUUCUCAUGUCACCAGCUAUACCAAUCGCACCCCCUCUCCGGGCCGACACCUGAACUCCUACCAGCUCCAAGACAACCCCUACACUCCUACGGGGCAUCUGCCCAUGCCCUCGAGCGAUCGUCUCGCCGACCAACCCACUUACUCGGUUGAGAACAUCCACAAUUCCUACGGUCACAAUGAAGCUUACGAGGGCCACCAACCUUAUGGGUAUGCGGAUUACACGGUCGACCCCGAAGCUCACCACGACGCCUACUUUACGCAACCUUACCAACCGUCGCACGAUGACUACGACCUAGGCUCAUACCCAGAGCCUAGCCAAACCCCUUACGAUGAUAAUGCGCCCAUGUUGCAAGUUAGCGAAAACCCCUUCGGGCCGGACCCGUACAACGGCGAUUUCCAGGAUGAACCACGCCCAACCCCCAGCCCUGCACCUAUUCGACGAUGGAAGACCGUUAAGGAAGUCCAAUUGUUCAAUGGCAACCUCGUCCUUGAUUGUCCCAUUGCCCCGAAACUGCUCAGCCAGGUGCCGCACGCUGAAGCCCCCGGUCGUGAUGAGUUCACUCACAUGCGGUAUUCAGCCGCGACUUGCGAUCCCGCGGACUUCUUCGAGGAACGCUUUACUCUGCGCCAAAAGCUCUUCGCAAAACCCCGCCACACUGAGCUGUUCAUUGUAGUGACCAUGUACAACGAAGACGAUUUCCUGUUCGCUCGCACCAUGUCCGGUGUUUUCAAGAACAUUGACCAUAUGUGUUCGCGCACUAGCAGCAAAACCUGGGGCAAGGAUGCUUGGAAGAAGAUCGUGGUUUGCAUUAUUAGUGACGGUCGUGCGAAGAUCAACCCGCGAACUCGUGCUGUCCUAGCAGCUCUGGGUGUGUACCAGGACGGAAUUGCCAAACAGCAGGUCAACGGCAAGGACGUGACGGCGCACAUUUACGAGUAUACCACCCAGGUCGGCUUGGAGGUCAAGGGCACCCAGGUUCACCUGAAGCCCCGCGCGGGCCCGCCGGUGCAGCUGAUUUUCUGUUUGAAGGAAAAGAACCAGAAGAAGAUCAACUCUCACCGCUGGUUCUUCCAGGCGUUCGGCCGCGUUUUGGAUCCUAACAUUUGUGUGCUCCUCGAUGCCGGUACCAAACCCGGUGGAGACUCGAUCUACCAUCUGUGGAAGGCAUUCGACGUCGAGCCUAUGUGUGGUGGUGCUUGUGGUGAGAUCAAGGUCAUGUUGUCAAAGGGAAAGAAGCUGCUGAACCCGCUGGUGGCUGGUCAGAACUUUGAGUACAAGCUGAGCAAUAUUCUUGACAAGCCGUUGGAAUCUGCAUUCGGUUUCAUUACUGUGUUGCCCGGUGCUUUCUCUGCUUACCGAUUUGUCGCUCUGCAGAACGACAAGAACGGCCAGGGCCCACUCGAACGAUACUUCCUGGGUGAGAAGAUGCACGGUGCUAACGCCGGUAUUUUCACCGCCAACAUGUACCUGGCCGAGGAUCGUAUCCUGUGUUUCGAGAUCGUCUCCAAGCGGAAAUGUCGCUGGCUGCUGCAGUACGUCAAGUCUUCGACCGGUGAAACCGACGUGCCGGACCGCAUGGCGGAGUUCAUUCUCCAGCGUCGUCGUUGGCUGAACGGUAGUUUCUUCGCUGCUGUCUACGCCAUUACCCACUUCUAUCAGAUCUUCCGGAGUGAUCACAGCUUCCUCCGCAAAUUCGCGCUGAUGAUCGAGUUCGUCUAUCAAACUGUCGCGAUGAUCUUUGCGUGGUUCGGUAUCGGUAACUUCUUCUUGGUUUUCCACAUUCUCACGACAUACCUGGGCGACAAGGCGCUUCUAGGCACCGUUGGUCAAAUUCUGGGUAUUGUCUUCGAAUGGCUCUACCUAGCAACUUUGGUAACGUGUUUCGUCCUGGCUCUCGGUAACCGACCCGGUGGGUCGAACAAGUUCUACAUGACAAUGGUGUACUUCUGGAUUUUCAUCAUGCUAUACCUGUCUUUCGCAGCAGUGUUUGUGACCGUGAAAUCCAUUCAGACGGAAGUGAAAGAGAACAAUUUCACUGUCAGCCAACUGUUUACCAACAAGACCUUCUUCUCGAUCAUUGUCUCACUUGGCUCGACCUACGUCAUGUGGUUUAUUGCGUCCUUCAUCUUCAUGGACCCAUGGCACAUGUUCACCUCUUUCAUCCAGUACAUCCUGCUGACACCGACCUACAUCAACGUUCUCAAUAUCUACGCCUUCUGUAACACUCACGACAUCACGUGGGGAACCAAGGGCGACGACAAGGCCGAGAAACUGCCCUCCGCAACCCUGAAGCCCGGCGGCAAGGUCGACGUCAACAUCCCCCAGGACGAUGGCGACCUGAACGCGCAGUACGAAGCCGAAUUGAAGAAGUUCGCCACGAAGCCGCCCAAGGAGGUCACCAUCAUCUCGGAGGAGGAGCGCCAGGCCGACUAUUACAAGGGAUUCCGCAGUGCCGUCGUGUUGGCUUGGGUGUUCUGCAACUUCGCCCUCGGCGCCGUGGUCCUGAGCGCUGCCGGUCUGGAGACCUUCGACAAGACGAGCAGCAGCAGUAGCAGCAAUUCUCUAGACCUGACGCAAAACGAGCGCUCGCUCAUCUACAUGGAGGUUGUUUUGUGGAGUGUGGCUGCACUUUCGAUGUUCAAGUUUGUCGGGGCGAUGUGGUACCUGGUGGUUCGGAUGUUCCGAGGCGUUUGA